UUUAUCAAUAAUUCAAAGUUACUGUUGCUUGUUUAGCUAAUACCAGCAAGGUAGAAACUCUCAAAGAUGCGAUGUGACUCGUGUUAGCUCGCUAGCUUGCUAACUAACUUAUGUUUGGCAGCAAAUGAAAGCUGUAUUCUUAGUAACGCUACACUAAAAACAAGCUCCGGUUAACGAUACAAUGGCAAAUAUAAUCUUUGCAGACCAUGAAAAUGCAGGUCUCCAAGCACCUACGUUGAAGAUGCGACAGCGGCUGCAGUUUGCUCCAGAGAAACUCGUGAAACCUCCUAUGACUGCCAAAACCUUACACACCCCUCUGCCAUCUGGGCGUAAGGCUUUUGGGAUUGUUACCAAUAAAAUUUCAACCUCUGCUCUCAACACACAAGAGAAGAAACUCCUAAAGCCACAGGAAGCUAGUGUCAAACAUGCUCCCCAGGUCAAAGUGGAGGAGUAUCCAGAGAUUGAGAAGUUCUUCCCAUAUGACCCACUAGAGUUUGAGAAGUACAGUAUACCUGAAGACUUCAUUCCACUCAGUGACCUCCCUCUGGCUGGACUGGCCCGUUUACCUAAAGCUCCACAUCUGUAUGACGACGUGGAAACGCUUGAGCCACUCCCAAACCUGUCACCUGUAAAGAUGCCAAGACGUUCAGGUUAUUCAGAGCUGGCUGAGUUUCUGCAAGAACUUGACAAGCUGACCACUGAGCUUCCACCAGAACCUCUUGUUUGGACUUAAUUUGUAUUUUUGUUUAUACUGCUUUUUUAUUGUAAUAAAGUUGUUUUAUUCCCUCC